GGGCGGGGAGGGGGGGCUCCCCUUCGGGUCCCUGGCUGCCGGGUUCACCCUCGUUCAUCCUCCCUUCCCGAAGCUCGCCCUCGAAGGCAGGAGCGGCCGGCGCCUUCGAUUGAGGAGGAGGAAGAGGAGGAGAAGGAGGAGGCAUCGCGCCGGGCGGAGCGUCAGGUCCCGUUUUCCUCCCCGGCGUCUCCAAUACAAAGAUUACGGUGCAGAAGGAAAUUGCGCUCGCCUCCAACGCCCCCCCUGGUCCUCCACACAAUGCACCAGCCGCCCGAGUCCACCGCCGCCGCGGCGGCCGCCGCUGCAGACAUGAGUGCUAGGAAGAUGGCGCACCCGGCGAUGUUCCCCCGAAGGGGCAGCGGCGGUGGCAGCGCCUCCGCUCUCAAUGCAGCAGCAGCAGCAGCAGCAGCAGCAGGUACCGGCGUUGGUAGCGCGGCCACAUCUUCGGAGGAUUUUCCGCCUCCGUCUCUGCUCCAGCCGCCGCCUCCUGCAGCAUCUUCCACGUCGGGACCACAGCCUCCGCCUCCACAAAGCCUGAACCUCCUCUCGCAGGCUCAGCUGCAGGCACAGCCUCUUGCGCCAGGCGGAACCCAGAUGAAAAAGAAAAGUGGCUUCCAGAUAACUAGCGUGACUCCGGCUCAGAUCUCUGCCAGUAUCAGUUCUAACAACAGUAUAGCAGAGGACACGGAGAGCUAUGACGAUCUGGAUGAAUCUCACACGGAAGAUCUGUCUUCUUCCGAGAUCCUUGAUGUGUCACUUUCCAGGGCUACAGACUUAGGGGAGCCGGAACGAAGCUCCUCAGAAGAGACUCUAAAUAACUUCCAGGAAGCUGAGACACCUGGGGCAGUGUCUCCCAACCAGCCCCACCUUCCGCAGCCUCAUUUGCCUCACCUUUCACCACAGAACGUUGUGAUCAAUGGGAAUGCUCAUCCCCACCACCUCCAUCACCACCAUCACAUUCACCAUGGGCACCACCUUCACCAUGGGCACCACCAUCCAUCUCAUGCUGCUGUGGCCAGUGCAUCCAUUCCUGGAGGGCCACCCUCGAGCCCAGUGUCCAGAAAACUUUCCACAACUGGAAGUUCUGAAGGUGGUGGUGUGCCAGUUGCACCAGCUUCUGCUGUAUCAUCAAGUGGCUCGCCUGCAUCUGUAAUGACGAACAUCCGUGCUCCAAGUACUCCAGGUGGUAUAGGUAUAAAUUCUGUUACUGGCACUAAUAUAGUGAAUAAUGUUAGCACUGCUGCUGUGGGUAGUUUCAGUCCUAAUGUGACAAGCGGCAUGCUUGGUAAUACUAAUAUGAAUACAAGCAAUAUUCCUAGUGCUGCUGGUGUAAGUGUUGGGCCUGUUACCAGUGGUGGUAAUGUGAGUAUCUUGAGUGGCAUGGGCAAUGGUACUGUUUCUUCCUCAACCAUUGCUAACACUGUCCCUAAUGUAACUGCAGGGAUGAGUGUGGGAUUGGUUUCAAGUCAGCAGCAACAACCAACAGUUAAUACAUCAAGGUUCAGAGUUGUGAAGUUAGAUUCUACUUCUGAACCCUUUAAGAAAGGUAGAUGGACUUGCACUGAGUUCUAUGAAAAAGAAAAUGCUGUACCUGCUACAGAAGGUGUGGUGAUAAAUAAAGUGGUGGAGACUGUUAAACAAAACCCAACAGAAGUGACUUCUGAGAGGGAGAGCACUAGUGGGAGUUCAGUGAGCAGUAGUGUCAGCACACUGAGUCACUACACAGAGAGUGUGGGAAGUGGAGAAAUGGGAGCCCCUACUGUGGUGGUGCAGCAGCAGCAGCAACAGCAGCAGCAGCAGCAGCAGCAGCAACAACAACAACAACAACCACCACCACCACCACCACCACCAGGUCUUCAAGGUGUGGCCCUCCAGCAGAUGGAUUUCAGUAGCCCUGGCCCUCAGAGUAUUUCAGCAGUUAGUAUACCACAGAGUAUUUCUCAGUCCCAGAUGUCACAAGUACAAUUACAGUCUCAAGAACUGAGCUAUCAGCAAAAGCAAGGUCUUCAACCAGUACCUCUGCAAGCCACUAUCAAUGCUGCAACUGGUAUCCAGCCAUCGCCUAUAAAUGUGGUUGGAAUAACUUCAGCUGUAGGUCAGCAGCCUUCCAUUUCCAGUUUGGCUCAACCCCAACUGCCAUAUUCUCAGGCGGCUCCUCCAGUGCAAACUCCUCUUCCAGGGGCAUCGCCCCAGCAGUUACAAUAUGGACAACAGCAACCAAUGGUUUCUACCCAAAUGGCCCCAGGCCAUGGUCAGUCAGUGACUCAAAAUCCUCCAGAGUAUGUACAACAGAAGCCAAUUCUUCAAACAGCAAUGUCCUCUGGCCAGUCCAGUUCUGCAGGAGUGGGAACAGGAACAGCAGUGAUUGCUGUGGCUCAGCCACAGGGGAUCCAGCUGCCAGUGCAGUCCACUGCAGUCCAAGCACAACCUGCAGGAGCAUCUGGCCAGCCUGUUGGCCAGGCUCAAACAGCAGUGUCUGUUAUACCUACUGGUGGUCAAAUGGCAAAUAUUGGUCAACAAGCAAACAUACCUACUGCAGUGCAGCAGCCCUCUCCCCAAGUUACACCUUCAGUUAUUCAGCAAGGUGCUCCUCCAUCUUCACAAGUAGUUCCACCUGCUCAAACUGCAAUUCUUCAUCAGGGAGUUCAAACUAGCGCUUCAAGCCUUCCUCAACAGUUGGUUAUUGCACCCCAGAGUACCUUGUUAACUGUACCUCCUCAGCCACAGGGAGUAGAGCCCAUAGCUCAAGGAGUUGUUUCGCAGCAGUUGCCCACAGUUAGUCCUUUGCCCUCUGCUAGUAGUAUUUCUGUUACAAAUCAGGUUAGUUCAACCGGUCCUUCUGGAAUGCCUUCUGCCCCAACAAACUUGGUUCCACCACAGAAUAUAGCACAACCCCCUGCCACCCAAAAUGGUAAUUUGGUUCAGAGUGUUAGUCAGUCUCCCUUAAUAGCUGCUAACAUAAAUUUGCCUUUGGCACAACAGAUCCCACUAAGUUCUACUCAGUUCUCUGCACAAUCAUUAGCUCAGGCAAUUGGAAGCCAAAUCGAAGAUGCCAGACGCCCAGCUGAGCCCUCCUUAGUCGGCUUACCUCAGACUAUCAGUGGUGACAGUGGGGGAAUGUCAGCAGUUUCAGAUGGGAGUAGCAGCAGCCUAGCAGCCUCUGCUUCUCUUUUCCCGUUGAAGGUGCUACCGCUGACGACACCCUUGUUGGAUGGAGAGGAUGAGAGCUCUCUAUUUCAGUGCUUCUCUCCUACCAGAGGUGCAAGGAGUGAUCCUAGAACCACAGAUACAGCCAAGACUACGGAGAGCUUUUGACGUCAGGGGUCCACUUUCUCCACUGAACCCUUGGAGACAGAAUAUCCAGCUUCUGGAGAGAGUGGGAAAGGAUAAUAAACAAGUGGGUGCUUUCCAUUAUUUACUUGGGUUUAUUUCUAGAUUGGAGUGUCCUUGCAUUGCCCAUUUUAUCCUAUUGGUAAACUCCUUGGGUUCUUAUAUGAACCAGGUGGGACUAAAAUCUGUUCGUUUUUCUGAGAGUGCCAACUAGUGCCCAUUCAAAAAAAGAAACGUAAAAUUUAUUUAAUUUUCUCUCCAGAUAAUAAAAGCAGUGGAAGAUUUGGGGCACAUGAUUUGUUGAAUGCCUAGCUAGUCUACAUCAGUUUACAAAAGGGAAUGUUUACCCAUUUUGGCCUUUAUGGUAAUAGUGGACUUCAAAGUGCCCUUUUAUAUUCCAGUAAUUUAAAAGUUUCUAUAUUUCAUCUUUGGGCAAGCUGGAUAUCUGAAAUCUAUUAAUUGAUACAGUUCAGAUGUCCAUAUAUUAUCCUACCCUGCUAGUGAGAACUUUUUGGUCUUUUUCCUACCUUAAAUGUUAGGCCUUCAUAUUAGAUCUGUUGUGGUUUUACUGUCAAAUCUAGGCUUCAUUCUUUAUUAAAAUAAAUAUGAAUGAGUGUAAGUUUCAGGAUGUAAUAUUCCUGAAAGCUGUAUAUACUCAAAAGUGGUUUUCUAAUCCCUAUUUGUGAGAGUUUUCCAAUGGCAUUAAGAUGGCUUUCUCUUAGUUUCAUUGAUGCCAAGGGUAGGAUUUGAUUCCAGGAAGUUCUUAUCUUCUACAAUGGGUAGGGUAGAAUGUGAACUUGGUGCCUUUGGCAAGUUUUCAUUUUUCCUUGGUGGAUUCCUUCUGUGACUCCAGGUAUCUUGAUAAUGGGAGACCGGUUUAUUUGUUCUCUAAUUGCCCAGAUUUCUUUCAACUGGUAAAACAUCAUACUUCUUCAGCAAAAGGAAUUCUUCUAGCAGAGCCUUCAUGGAUGAUAUCUGUCACACAUGCCAGCAUCUGCAGUUUGGAAGGCAGUGGUGAAUGGAUCCAUGCAAUAUGUCUAGAAGACACAAGGAUGAGCGAGCCACCUGAUCUUGUUAUUUAUAAACUUUUAAGAUUUACUUUGGUUUACUCUUGGUCUGAAAAUGGAAAGGCUCAGAUAAUGAAAUAAUUUUUUCAGAUUGGAGUAUUAUAUGGCCAUGAAAAUAUUCCUUUCUAUUCAGAAGACUAAAAUAGAGGAAGCUUGAGAAACUUCUUUCUUUUAAAGCAGUUCUCUAUAUCUGUUUAACAAAAAAGAUUGGUUGGGACUGAAAAUUAUUCUUACUGAAGUAGGCAAACUUAUUUUUUUUAAAGUGUAGAAAAUCCAAAAAACUUCAUGAAACUUUUUUGUUACCUGAUGGCUUCAGGGUACUAGUAAAGGGUGAACUUCUUAGUUACUCCAUAGUUACUGCAACAUAGUCUUUAGUUCAUCUUUUGCUGGUCUUGAGCCUUAAUAUUACAUUUUGAGAUCAAAAGCUUUAUCCUCUAAAAGAAAUACCUUUUAAACAUGGAGGUAUUAUUUUUGUAUUGAAGGCAUACUUAAAUACUAUCACAGCACAGUAGUUUACAGAGCUAAGCCAAGUUUAUAGUAUUAGAAUAAACCUAUAGGUAUAAAUGUUGGAAAAUAGGCAAACUAUCAGUUUUUCAAUAGAACUAGUUAUCAGAAUGUUAAUUUCUUUCUUUGGUUUCUAGUAACUGGUCAGUCAAAAACUAUUAAAGAAAAAUUUGAAAAUCACUUGAUGUUGCCAAUUUUGUAUUCUUUUGGUAAUAAUGGAAGCAACUUAAAUACUGUAGAAAAGGUUUUAGAAGCCACAUUUACUAAAAUAUAACCUGACCUUUAGUCUUUCUUGGCUGUAAGAACUGUUUUUUUUCCUCAUUAAUUAUAAAUACAUUUUCAUAAUAUAGUACUAAAAGUAAGCUUUAAAAAAAUCAAUUUCAACUAAAAUUUUCCCCAGAGAGCUCUGAGUUCCCACAAAUGAUUACAGUUUUAUUUCUGACUGUUUUUUGCUAAGUGUUAAUAAGACAGUUUAUAAACACAUAAAUUGGAAAAACUAACACUUUAAAAAGAAUUCAGGAAACUGAAAGUGAUUUGCUUAGAAAAUAGUUGAAUCCUUUGAACCACAAUAUAAACUAUUUUAUGGCCUGUGAGAUUAUUAAUUUUUUUAUUUAGCUUUGAAGAUAAAUGAUUUAAUCUCUUAAUCUCGUGCUUUAAUUAAACCUUAGCUCUGUUCCUUAAAGUGUGCAAAGAAAUGUAAGUGCAUUUCUAUUUACCUCAUACCACUACUGCAAGAUAUUUAAAAGUGAGCCUUUUUGUAUAUUGAUGUGAAUUGAUUUGUUUGAAUUUUUAUUUUGCUGCAUUUUCCUUUCAGAUUUUUAAAAAAUAAUUUCGUGUCACAAUACACAGUCCUAUAUUUUUCAGUGUUUAUGAAUAUUAAUAUAAGCUAUUUUUCUAGAAUGAUAAUUGUAUAAUAUUUGUAUUAUGUGAUCAUUUGAAAACUAAU